UCAUAUAAUUUUUAUUUCAAUAACAUUUUCAAUUUUUGUUAUUAAAGAGAAUAAAAGAAAUAUCAAAGAUUUAUGCAAAUAUUUACUCACUUUUUACACAAAAGAUGAGACGUAAUUAAAAAAAUGUUUCUCAAAUGUAAACAAACCGAUUUUAUCGCUGGACGAUAUAAAUGUUUUUGAACUUGUGAAAAAAAGUUUUAAAAAUUAUUAAAUCUGUAAAAUUUAUUGAGAAGUUCUUUUAUUUAUAAAUUUGGUGAAAUUUCGUUUAUUUAUAUUAAAUCACAUUAUGGCUUCAACAAUGCAGCUAGAAUUUUCACAAGCUAUGUCAGAUUUUAAGACCAUGUUUCCGGAAAUGGAUAGAGAUGUUAUAGAAGCAGUUCUUAGAGCAAAUCAAGGAGCUGUAGAUGCUACUAUUGAUCAGUUACUUACUAUGAGCACUGAUAAUCAAAAUGAGCGCUUACGAAUAGAAUUGGAAAAUUCUAGUGAUAGUCCUCCUUCAGGAAAUGAUAUGCUUAUCAAUACUGCUGACAAUACAAUGGGCUCAAAUAUAUCAGAAAAUGUAGAGACGCAAUUAAUUGAUACAACUGAGCAACCAAAAACAUUGCUAUCAACAUCACCAUUACCUAGUAAUCUGGGCACAAAUUUAAUUAACACUGGUGCUUCUCCAAAAAUAAAAUGUAAUAAAUCUUUGACAUCACCAACUGGCUCACCAGUAAAUUCCGCUCGCGAUACUGAAGGUAAGAGAAAAUGGAAUCCACCACUAUUAAGUCCUUUGCCACCAUCAUUCUUACGUUUGAAUACUAUUUCGUGUGAUGUUCUGAGAAGUGAUUUUGAUUUACCUGAUGAACAAUUUGCUAUGAUGUUGCAAAACGAAGAAUUUAUGAAUGAAUUAAGAUGGAAUCAAGAGUUCAUGAGUGCUUUAGAAAAAGAACAGCAGGGUAAAUCUGAAGGAGAUAUGGCAUUUAAAGAUCGGGUUCGACAUAUGGGUAAAGUAUCUAGAAAAAAAUUUUUGCAGGUUGCGAGAGUAUUUACCUGGCAACGCAAUAAAAAAGCAACUUCCGCAAAACAAAUUGAUUCAUUACCUUUAAAAGAGGAACAUAGUGAUGAUGAUGAUCAUCACAUAAAUGUAAAAAAGUAAAUUUAAGAUAUAAGGCAAAAUACAACAAUGUGAUUGGAAAUUAAUAUUAUUUACUCAAUAUUAUGUUAAAUUAUUCUAUUUAAAUUAUUAAGAAAGGUAACCAAACAAUU